UUCUUGUUGUAUUUCCAACAAAUGAAUGAAUGAAUGGCUCAUCAGUUUGCUGUUCGCACCAUUAUGACUCACCUUUUCAGUCAAAAAACCUUAAGUUCAUCCCCUUCGCUGACGAAACUCUCAAUUGCCGCUAAAAUUAAAAACUUGUCUUCCCUUUUGUCUCUCAAAACCCAGAAACCCAUAACAAUCCAUGCAACUCUGAACCCUAAUAAUCCAAUCCAAAACCCUACUUUGUUUCUCAACACCCAUAAUGACCAGCGUAUCAUGGGUUCAAAUGGUACUACUACUUCUCAACAUAACAUUAAUGAGAAUUCAAGCAGUAUUAGUUCUAGUACUAUUGCUGCCAUUGUCACCUCCAUAGGUGGCCCACCCGCCGCGGUGGGUAUUGUCCGGUUAUCUGGUCCAUCAGCCCUGGAUAUUGCUUCUCGUGUGUUUAAACCCCUCAGGAAAAUUAAUACUGUUUGGAAGCCUACUAGCCAUGUUGUGGAUUAUGGGGUGGUUUUGGAUCAUCAAGGCAAUCUAAUUGAUGAGGUUUUAGCUUUACCAAUGUUGGCUCCAAGAUCUUACACUUGCGAAGAUGUGGUUGAGCUUCAAUGUCAUGGGAGUGAAAUUUGUCUUAAUCGCGUGCUCAAAGCUUGUCUUCAAGCCGGAGCCAGGCUUGCUGACCCAGGUGAGUUCACUCUCCGCGCAUUCCUGAAUGGCCGAGUGGACCUCUCACAAGCUGAAAACGUUGGAAAGCUAAUUUCAGCCAAGUCUUCCGCGGCUGCUGAUGCAGCUCUGUCUGGACUUCAGGGAGGCUUUGCUUCUUUAGUCAAGUCAUUAAGAGCACAGUGCAUUGAUCUGCUUACUGAGAUUGAAGCUCGUUUGGACUUUGAUGAUGACAUGCCUCCGUUGGAUUUAAACCUAAUUAUGGAUACAAUACAUGUCAUGUCACAAGAUGUGGAGAAUGCAUUGGAGACAGCUAACUAUGACAAGCUUCUGCAAUCUGGAUUACAGAUAGCACUUGUCGGCCGUCCAAAUGUUGGGAAGUCUAGCCUUCUCAAUGCAUGGAGCAAUAGUGAACGGGCAAUAGUUACAGAAAUUGCUGGAACCACUCGAGAUGUUGUUGAAGCUAGCGUUACAGUUGGUGGUAUCCCUGUAACCCUUCUUGAUACAGCUGGCAUCAGGGAAACAAAUGACAUUGUGGAGAAGAUUGGUGUAGAGAGAUCCGAAGCAGUUGCUAUGGGUGCCGAUGUUAUUAUCAUGACAAUAAGUGCUUCUGAUGGAUGGACUUCAGAAGAUUCUGAACUUUUGAGCAGGAUUGAAUCUAUAAAGAAAUCUGUUGGAUCUCCAACUCCAGUUGUUCUUGCAAUCAACAAGAUAGACACUGCUGCAUCUUUCUGUAUGGAUUGGGUUGAUAGGUACAGCAGUUCUUUUAGUAAGCAUGUUUUUACUUGUGCUGUUACUGGUCAAGGAAUCCAAGAUUUGGAGAUGGUGAUUUCAGAGAUUGUGGGUCUGAACAGGAUACCAGCAGGGGGGCGGAAAUGGACAGUGAACCAGAGACAAUGUGAGCAACUUAUGCGAACAAAGGAGGCGCUUGCGAGGUUGAAAUCAUCAAUAGAAGAUGACAUGCCCUUAGACUUUUGGACAAUUGAUUUAAGAGAGGCUGCAUUGGCCCUUAGACAGAUAAGUGGAGAAGACAUUUCUGAAGAAGUAUUGUCCCACAUUUUUGGCAAAUUCUGUAUUGGCAAAUAGAUGGACACAACUCUGUCUUAAACCUUUAUCAUUAUAGAGUUGUGUAAAAUUCAAUAUCUUUUAAUUGAUUAUAGUUUGCCGGCAUAAACCUAAACUUUGGAGCUUGUGUUACAAAACAUUCUUCUCAAUACUUCAUUAAAGAGGAUGAAUUGUAUGUA